UUCCUUUUCCUUUUCGGGAAGAGAACCAUAAAAACGAAGAUGUGACGAGCGAAAUAGUGGCGCGAUCGAAACCGUAAUCCUUCCCAAACCCUUCCUCGAUUCCUCGAUUCCUCGGCGGAGCACAACAAUGGGGAGGCGAUCUGGGAAGAAGCCGCUCUUCUUCUUCUCCAAGAAGUCGCGGUCGACCAAGAGGAUGGAGCUCCAACCUAGGGUUUCGGCGACGUCGCCUAUCCCUAACGCGAAAGCCCUCAAGAACUAUGGGGGCGCGGCGGCCGAGGCGGCGACGGCGGCCGCCGCCGCAUCCGGCGGCGCCGGCGGUGGCUCGAAGGGCGCCAAGAAGAAGUCGGGGGCGCGGCUGUGGAUGAGGUUCGAUCGCACGGGGCACACGGAGAUCAUGGAGUGCGACAAGAACGCCAUCAUCAAGCGCGCGGCGAUCCCCACCCGCGACCUUCGGAUCCUCGGCCCCAUCUUCUCCAACUCCUCCAACAUCCUUGCCAGGGAAAAGGCUAUGGUUGUCAACCUUGAAUAUAUUAGGGCUAUAGUCACUGCCGAGGAAGUGCUGCUGCUAGAUCCUUUAAGCCACGAAGUUAUCCCUUUCAUUGAUCAAUUAAGACAGCAGAUCCCACUGAAGAGCCCUCCUAGGGUUAAUGACGCUGGGCAUAGAGAAAAAGAAGGCAGAGAAAUGUCUUUAAUUGGUGGACAAUUGCCUCCUAUAAAUGAGGGAGUUGAGCGAGAGCUUCCCUUCGAGUUUCAGGUGUUGGAGAUUGCAUUAGAAUUUGUUUGUUCAUCGUUGGACUCUACUGUUGCUGAUCUUGAAAGAGAUGCAUAUCCUGUGCUGGAUGAGCUGGCCAAAAAUGUUAGCACCAAGAAUCUUGAGCGUGUGCGGAGUUUGAAGAGCAAUCUUACUCGUUUGCUUGCACGUGUUCAGAAGGUUAGGGAUGAAAUUGAACAUCUUUUAGAUGAUAAUGAGGAUAUGGCACAUUUGUAUUUAACAAGGAAGCAAAUACAGAAUCAGCAAUUUGAAGCUUUGGUGACUUCUGGGGCUUCCAAUAGCAUUGUUGCUGCAGGGCCAAAUUUGGCAAGAAUUAGCUCUAAUAAUCAGGGCAGUGCAAGCAUUGUUACUAGUAUUUAUCCAGAUAAUGAUGUAGAGGAUCUGGAAAUGUUGCUCGAGGCUUACUUCAUGCAGCUGGAUGGUACCCGCAACAGAAUCUUGUCGGUUCGGGAAUAUAUUGAUGAUACCGAAGACUAUGUCAACAUCCAACUCGACAACCAGCGAAAUGAACUUAUUCAGCUCCAGUUAAUAUUAACCAUGGCAUCCUUUGGAAUAGCUCUUGACACAUUCAUAGCAGGGGCUUUUGCCAUGAACAUACCUUGCAACCUAUAUAAUACUAACGGCAUCUUUUGGCCCUUCGUCGCAGCCACUUCUGCUGCCAGUUUCUUUAUCUUCCUGAUCUUAUUGGGCUACGCAAGGUGGAAGAAGCUGCUUGGUCCGUAAAAUGGGAGCAUGGUCUCAGUUGCAACUGAAUGCAACUAAAGGGAUGUCUUCAGUUCUAUUCUGCCAAUAUUUUCACACCGCAGCUGGACGCAACUGCAGUUACAUAUAUAACCAACUAUAAGAUAUGCAAAGCACAUAUAAUGUCCUGUUAGAGGAAAUAUCAAAAUAUUGCCUAUUUAAAGUUAUUUUACAUAAUUUUUGUCGUCUACUCAAAUUUGUGUAGAUCAGCUCUUGGAUUGAAAUUUUCAGGGUAAUUGUUAGUGUUUUUUUUUUCCCC